AUGGUUCGCUGUAGCGAGAGGUACCGAAACCUUGGCUUGGCAAUUUUCAACCCUAAGGAGAAGAAGUUUUGUGGCCGGACAUGCAGGAGCUGGGCCCUAAUUUUUGUUUAUUAUCUCAUAUUCUACUCUUGUCUUGCUGGAUUUUGGAUCGGAAUGUUAUCCGUGCUUAUUUUUGCAAUGAUUGACACGACUGUUCCGUCAUUAACAGGGAUGCAAAGUCUGCUUAAAUUGAAUCCAGGCUUGGGAAUUCUGCCUCCCGUGGAUAGCGAGGGCACUCUUAUUCAACUGACUCUGUUUGAUAGCAAACAGAAGCAGGACUACCUGAACUUUAUGCAAAGUUACUUGAUGGGCUACAGCAAUAUUUCAACUAAUUGCGACUUUGAAAACGGUACUAGAAUAAACUCUUCAAUACUUGAGCCUUGUGAAUUCCCUCUCUCUCUCCUUGGCCCCUGUGCUGAUCCAGCCGACUACAUAAAUUCCCAUAACAACUUUUGCUUUUACCUUAAGCUCAACAAGAUCUAUGGAUACCUUCCUGACAUUGAAGGAAAUAAGAUUCCCAUUCAAUGCGGUCCUGCCAAUUCUUUUGAUGGCGCUAAUCUUGGUCAGCCAGUUUACUACCCGUCCGUCAGGACCGCUAACGGAACUUUUGGCUACUUUUCUUCUGUUGCCUUCCCAUACCUUAAUCAACCUCACUAUCAAGUGCCUCUUUUGGCUGUCACCUUUCCUGACAUCAAGCCAAACACUGUUGUGAUGGUAUCUUGCGCCGUACUCAAUGUAAAAGACCAGGAACCCUUCCGUUUUGAUUUGGCCAUCGAUAUGGACAGGCCAAUUGCCCUGACUUAG